GCGCUUAGGAGAGGUGCGGGAGCGCGCCUCGCCAUUUCCUCACUGGGGACGGAGACGACGACAUCUCACCGAGACAUAGCCGGGAGAAACUGCCCCAAACCCGGGCUAACACAGGACAAAGUCGGCCUGGAGGAAGCCCCGGACCCCGAGCCCCCUUCGCCAUGAGGGCCCUGCUUUUGUGUGUCCUGUGGGGGACGUUUGUGACGGUUUUCUCCGAACGUCACGCUCUCACCUACAUCUACACUGCAUUGUCCAGAAAGGUGCCAAACCCCGGGAUUCAUGAGUUCACAGCCAUGGGGCUCCUGGACACAAAGAUGAUUGAUUAUUUCGACUCGGAGCAGCAGCAGAAAGUCCCCAAACAGGAAUGGAUGAGGGAAAGGCUGGGUCAGGACUACUGGGAGAAAGGAACCCAGUCCAGAAAGAGCAAGCAGCAAUGGUUCAAAGUCAACCUGGACAUCCUGAAGGAACGCAUGAACCAGACCGACAAUGAUGUCCAUGUCCUUCAGUGGAUGCAUGGCUGUGAAGCAGACCUCCUCUCCAAUGGGAAACUGCAGUUUCAGCGUGGGAUUGACCAGUACAGUUACAACGGCGACAACUUCCUCUACUUUGAUGAUGCACACUCCGUUUGGGUGGCGGCGGCAACAGCAGCAGAGCCGACUAAGAGGAAGUGGGACGAGGUGCAUGUGCUGAAGGAAUACACCAAAGGAUACCUGGAGAAGGAGUGUCUGGACUGGCUCGGCAAGUUCAUGGACUACAGCAAACAGCAGCUCAAGCAUGCCAAACGUCCAGAUGUGCACAUAUUCGCGACCCCUGGGCGUCAAAAGACCACAUUGCGUUUGAACUGCAUGGCUACGGGCUUCUACCCUCCUGACAUCAUCCUGAGGCUGCUCCGAGAUGGCAUGAUACUUGGGGAGGACGACGGCAUCAUGACAACCGGGAUAAGGCCCAAUGAGGACGACACGUACCAACUACGAGACUCCAUCGAGAUUCUGAGCACCGACCAGGGACAAUACACCUGCCACGUCAUCCAUGCAGCCACCAAUGUAGACAUCAAGAAGUACUGGGACGGUAAGGUUAAUAACGAGGGAGGCUUCCCAGUAGGAGGAGUGGUCGGAGGGGUGAUUGGACUUCUGGUCGUCGUUGCAUUGUGCAUCACUGUGAUCCUUGUCAAGAGACGCCAGAGCAUCCAAUCACCUCCUCCCAAGUUGGAGUAUUCAUUGUGUUCUACUGGUUCCCAAAUUGCCAAAGCCCCAACUAACUCUGGCGACUCUGCUCUUGGUUCAGACAAGAGUUCAUCCAAUGGUUCUGAUACCUCUGGAAGUGCUGAGAACCUAAAACACUCCCAGGACUCUGCCAUAAAUAUGAAUGGCUCAGCAGGCAAUGAUGUUACUACGACCAGACCUCUAUUAAAUUAAAUGAAUAAAAUAUGAGUAAAGAUAAUUUGAGCAAAAAAUAGCUCCAUGGACAAAACAUAGGCCACAACAAAGCAGAGAUGUUGUCUGUGAAGCUGCCCAUAUUUCGUCCUCUCUGCCACUGACUUGGAAUGUUUAGGGGCAUUUUUAAAUAAAAUUAUGUCAGUGCAUAACCUCCAUUUUUCCGAAGUAUGCACACAUGUAAAAAAUGAUGAAUAAUUAUUAUAAUUGUAUAAUUUCAAAAAUAUCCAAAGCUAUUUCAAAUCAGUAAUAUAUUGUAAUGUGGGGUUUGCAUACAAAACUGCAAGGCCCACAAGGUGUCGUGCUCAAGGACACCACUCCCACAUGAACUGGCAAGAGCCGAAUUUGAACCUACAGUCAGUGCUUAUGGAUUUACUAAUUUAUGUCAAUAGAAGGAAAAAAAAGUGACCAAAUGUCCAAAAACAAAUUAAAACUACUGUGUUUUAAACAUUUACAUGAGCUGUACAUUUGGAUCAGUACUGGACUUUACUGUAGAAAUGUCCAGUCUUUUGUAUUUCUUUUUAUCAGAGUUAUUAGAGAUAUUUUUACAGCUUUUAUUGUGACUCUGCCAUAGGCUCUUACAGCGUUAAGUGCUUUCACCAAGAUGUGAAUGAAUGAUUGCUUUAAAAUGCCCUUAAAAGGAAAAUGUUGAGUUGUUUUCACAAAUUGAUUUUGCUGCAUAUUUUUUGGUGAAAAUGAAGAGGGGUUUGCUACAAUGUUUUGGGGUUUUUUUUUCAUUUAAGUUAUACCAUUUUUAAUUGCGACUUAAGGAAAAUAAAAAUUACAAACAUCA